UGAUCCCAGCCGAACGCCAGGCUGAUGCACUGGUAGGCCAGCAAUGGACACCGAGAACGAGUAUCAACGCAUGGCGACAAAUGUGCGGAUCUUGCUGACUACUGAUCUGCUUCGAUGAGGACGCUGAUUUUAUCGCUAUUCGUCCAGUGAGGUAUACAUUUUUUUCAAGUGUUUUAAAAUAUACUGCUGCCGAGUUAUCGAUGUGCGAGCGUCUUCCGGCGGGAGCAGCAGCAGCGGUGCCAUGAAUAGUGGACUCCCAGCUUCAGCUGCUCCGCUCGGGGGUGUCGGGAUACCCUGCGUGAAGGUGAAAUUCUGUCGUUACUACGCGAAAGACAAGACUUGUUUUUAUGGCGAUGAAUGCCAAUUUCUACACGACGACCCAUCCAUGGCGAGCCUUUCUUUGCACGGCGGUGGUGCUGCCACUGGAGGAGGAAGCCCAGUGUCUUUAUCUCUGGCAGGGGGAGCAGUGACGGCGGCUGGUUACGCGCUCGGAGGCGGCGUGGGUAGCGGAGCUCCUGCGAACGUUCCCAAAAAGGGCGAUUCUCUCGGUCCCGCGGUAGCUGCAAUGGAAGGACAACUAUUAUCCAUCCCUGGAAUGGAGGGAGGUGCCCUGAAUGAUGCUGGUCUAACCAACUCGUACUUCAGCAGCACAUUUAUUGGGGUCAACGGGUUUGGAGGUCCACCAGAGUCCAAGUAUUCAAUGAUGCAGAGGAUGACCAGCAGUAGCAGUUCUCCAAGUCUACUGAAUGAUGGUGGCAAGAGCUUUAGCCACAGCCCUCAUGAUCCAGUAAAUUCCCCGACGUCAUCUCUCUUCAGUGAUUUUGGUGCUUUGAACAUAUCGCAAAGGAGAAAGGCACCUAACCCUACAGCCAGUGAAUUCGUCCCUAAAGGGCCCCCACGAAUGGCCUCUAUGUCUCAAACUGUACCAGCGUUCGCAUCCCCCAUCUUCCCUCAUCCUGGCCUAAGCAGCUCCACAGCGGCUGCUCUCGCACCUGGUAUGUCCCUUUCUGCCGGAUCGUCUCCUCUCCACUCUCCUAAAAUCACCCCUCACACUUCUCCGGCCCCGCGGCGACGCAGCCAUACACCCAACCCAAACCUUGCCAAUUACAUGGUGCCCACCACUGCGUCUGACCAGGGCGGCGGAGCUCACAUUAUUCAGAAGGAGACCGUGGGAGGGACCACGUACUUCUAUACGGAUAACACCCCAGCUCCAUUAGCCGGAAUGGUGUUUCCGACGUAUCACAUGUACCCGCAAACAGCGCCUCAUGUGGCGUACAUGCAGCCAAAGGCCAACGCACCAUCAUUUUUUAUGGCCGACGAGCUCAGACAGGAGCUGAUUAACAGACAUUUGAUGACAAUGGCACAGAUUGAUCAGUCUGAGAACCCUGGAGUGCCAUCGGAGUUAGACAGUUACCACAGCCUCUUUCCCCUGGAACCACCGCCGCCCAACCGUCUUCAGAAAACCAGCAAUUUCAGUUACAUCACUUCCUGUUACAAGGCAGUCAAUAGUAAAGAUGACCUGCCUUACUGCCUCAGGAGGAUACAUGGCUUUAGGCUGGUGAACACCAAGUGUAUGAUGCUGGUAGACAUGUGGAAGAAAAUUCAGCACUCCAAUACUGUGACCCUCAGGGAGGUCUUCACCACUAAAGUGUUUGGAGACCACUCGCUCGUAUUCUCCUAUGACUUCCAUGCGGGUGCGGAGACCAUGUUUAGCAGGCAUUUCAAUGAUCCUGCGGCGGAUUCGUUUUUCACCAAGAGAAAGUGGGGGCAGCAUGAGCUCCCUCCUCCCCGGCAACACGCGGGUCUGUUACCGGAGUCGCUCAUCUGGGCUUACAUCGUCCAGCUGAGCUCAGCUCUGCGUACCAUUCACACGGCCGGCCUGGCCUGCAGGGUCAUGGACCCCAGCAAAAUCCUCAUCACUGGAAAGACACGGUUGCGAGUCAACUGUGUAGGAAUGUUUGAUGUCUUAACAUUUGACAAUAGUCAGACCAACCACCUGGCGCUUAUGCCCCAGUACCAGCAAGCAGAUCUGAUCUCUCUGGGGAAGGUGGUGUUGGCUCUCGCGUGUAACUCUCUAGCUGGCAUUCAGAGGGAGAAUUUGCAGAAAGCCAUGGAGCUUGUGUCCAUCAACUACUCAUCUGACCUCAAGAACCUCAUUCUGUACCUUCUAUCAGAACAGAGCCGUCUGCGCAGCGUCAAUGACAUAAUGCCCAUGAUCGGAGCACGGUUUUACACUCAGCUAGACGCCUCUCAAAUGAGGAACGAUGUCAUUGAAGAAGACCUGGCCAAGGAGGUACAAAAUGGGCGAUUGUUCCGCCUACUGGCCAAACUGGGGACCAUCAAUGAGAGACCAGAGUUCCAGAAGGAUCCAACAUGGUCUGAGACUGGCGACCGUUACCUGCUAAAGCUCUUGAGAGAUCAUCUGUUCCACCAGGUAACCGAGACGGGCACACCCUGGAUCGACCUCAGUCACAUCGUGUCCUGUCUCAACAAGCUGGACGCUGGAGUACCAGAGAAGAUCAGCCUCGUGUCGCGGGAUGAGAAGAGUGUUCUUGUGGUGACCUACUCGGACCUGAAGCGAUGCUUUGAGAGCACCUUUCAGGAACUCCUGGGUGCCACUAACGGUCCGCUCUAGCACCCGCGCGUCCACGCGGUAGUGGGCUGGAACUGCCUGAACUAAAGAGCACAUUGCACUACAGCCUGGAAUAUAGGUGCAGAAUGAUGAUCUCACAACCAGGGCGGAGCCAGCUGGUAGCUCACAUCCAGUCAGAUACACUGUUCUGUCCAGAAAAGUUUUUUUCUAAAGCGUAUUUUUUUAGUUUUCACAAACACCGCAGCUGCAGAAUUAUGAACUGUCCUGAAUGCUGUGAUCUAAUUUUUUUAGACUCGGGAACAACGUCAAAAAUAAAAGACUUUUAUUUUUAAUUUUUUUUAUUUUUUUCUCUGGAGGAUGCACUAAACGUUUUAAGUUCCUUUUUAAGUGAUUUUGCGUGCGUGUCCCACUGGGUGGAUUGGGGACUGUGGUUUCACACAUCGGGUAAAAGGAAGAAAUCAAGAAGACUAAAGAAAAUGAAGUGUCUCUCUGCAACAUCAUCAUCAUCUCGCCCAAUUUCAAAGUGGUUCUAUGAGUUGGGACAGACCACUGGUGGCGUGUGGGGGUUCCUCACCUGAAGCUCUUUGUCUGGACUCUUACAUAGAUGGGACAGACCACUGGGUUUGUUCAUGCGGGUGAGCAAAUCAAUAAGACUGACCAUUUAUGAAUGUGUGGCAUGAGUAGUAUUCCCCUCUUCCCAUGCUGUAUUGACUCUUUUUUCAGAAGUCGGCCCACUUACAGGCGGCGGGUGUGCUACUGGUUGUGUGGGAGUGUUUUGGAGAAUUUCACAUGAUUUGCAGGCGCUGACAAAGGGGUGCUUUUCUCCUCGCGAUGUUAAAUUGUUUUAUUUCAGAGUUUUGCAACAUCCUUGAUUUACGGAUGCUUUUGAAAUGAGAUGCAAAAUCGGAAUUCGACAGGAUGGAUUUUUGUUGUCUUUUUAGUCAGGGUCUUGUGAUGGGAACCAAAGAACUGGACCGCACUAGCAAGGGACCUCUUAUGCCUCUGUUGUGGAGCAUCCAAAGUGUCUGCUUUUCCUUAAUCCUUCUGGUCCAUGAUUUGGUCUCUGUCGGCCUUUUUGGUCUCUUUUUGGAUCUAGUGAAUCUAAGUAGAGCUGUUUUGUGUUGUUACUGUUUUGUUUCCUCGCCAAACUGUUGUACAGGGAUGCAUUAUGGGAUAUCUCAACUCACUAGUGUAAUCUCUUCUGUACAAUCCAAGCAGGAUUGGGUUUUGGGAUUGCAUUUCGCUUGUCUAUUUUGACUAUUAUUUGAUCUACAUAUUAUGUGAUGGCAACAUCUGAUCUGGAAACAGUUUCAAAUUUCCUCAGGUCGAAUCUUGACAGGCUGAAGCCGAUGACUGAAUGUGUCUGAUCUGUCAUUGGUUACUUGCUCGAUCACCGAGUCAGACUGUGGUGGAGUGAUUUGCGGGUUCUGGGGGCACAGCUGCAGUGGGGAUGCUGUAAAUUAAUGUAGUAUUUUUUUUUGUCCUCUUCUUUUUUUUUUAGUGAACAGAUUAAACAACAUGGUGCCAACCCCUCAUCCGCCACAAAACGACAGAAAGGCACAUAAAACACUUUUUACAUUCAACGCCAGCACAGGCUGAUCUCAUCAUGUACUCGGAUUCAGCUAGAAUGCACUCCGAUCAUAGACACACAUAAAAAAUUUCUCCUCCAUCCCAAUAAGUUUUAUGCCCUUGUGUUUCUUGUCACAUUUUUGCGAUAUUUGUGUGUACAGCAGUAUUUUAAUAAAGAGUAAUAAAAGAUAA